CUGUGUGAAAAGAAAAGAUCACCAUAUAAUUAUGUAUAAUUUAACAGUAUCACCAGAUGUAAUAUGAAGGCAUAGCUAGUGGCAGAAAUGAUCCGCUUUAACUCUAUGAAUAAUGCAAAAACCGGGUCGUUUUAAUCCUGGGUAGUUCCCGCCCUUCUACAGACACGCGCAUCAUCAUCACUGACAAAAGUGCUCGCGCGCAGCUGCUGAACACAUUCACAGAUCUCCUGAAGAAAUGUUAUGACUACAGUAGUGAGAAGCGUCUGUCUGUGCCAAUAUUUGUUUCGUCUUUCGUCAGAUUCAUGCACUUAAGGUAAAGAAGCAAAAUGGCACAUCCUCUGCAUUUCCUGUUUAGUGUAAAUACAUUGUCUGUGAUUUUAUCACUGGUCUACAUCGGUGAUUCUAGCACAAAGUAUGGAGAAGACUGUGAAUUGAUGCAGAUAAAGAUCCCAGUGAUCCAGGACCAAAGCACGGUGAGACUUCAAAGCCCAGAAUUCAUUGCUGAUGAUUUCGGCAAGCCAUCAAUGUGUGGGGUUGAGUGCCAAAAAAAUCUGCCAGAGCUGAAGCCCACUGAGCUGCAAAGACUACUCUCAUAUGAAACAAUGUACGAGAAUGGAACGCGCACCUUCACCAAAAUCAAACUGGAUGGGGUCACUGAUGUUAAAAACACGUCUGCUUUUGUUUUCUGCAAACAAGGACACUCCAAACGUAGAAAACGACAGGUAUAUGGCAUGGAUGGGCGCUUUGUGAUCACAGAUAAACAUUUUUCCACCAAUUACCCAUUUUCUGCCUCUGUGAAGCUCUCCACUGGUUGCUCGGGUAUCCUGGUGUCACCAAAACACGUUCUGACCGCUGCUCACUGUGUUCACGAUGGACAAGACUACCUGAAAGGAAACAGGAGUCUUCGAGUGGGAAUCAUGAAGCUUCGCUCCAAACGCAGGAGAGGACGUCAACGAGGAGGAAAGAGGAGAGGAGAAAAGAUGAAAGAAGGUGGAGUGGGAAAUACAGAAGAUGUAGCCAUUGAAGAACAUCUAAUUAAAAAAGGCAAGGGACUCAGGAGAAAGAACCGUAUUAGACGUGACACCGAUCGGUCCAAAUUUACAGAGACAGACUCUAGGCAACCAUCACUGCGGUGGACUCGUGUCAAAGUAACACAAGUGCCAGCCGGCUGGAUAAACAAAGUUGGUAAUGAAGUCGCAGUCGACUACGAUUACGCCCUACUGGAGCUGAAAAGACCCCAUAAGACGAGGUACAUGGAAUUAGGCAUCGUUCCUGCAGUAAAAUACAUCCCCGCUGGAAGAAUCCACUUCUCUGGUUUUGAUAAUGAUCAAUCAGGGAAGGUGGUCUACCGUUUCUGUUCAGUCUUAGAGGAAUCCAACGACCUACUGUACCAGUACUGUGAUGCUAAAAAGGGAUCUAGUGGAGCAGGUGUUUAUGUAAGGUUACAAGAGCCAAACAGGAAACAGGGAGAAAAAGGGAAGUGGAAGAGAAAAGUUAUCGGUGUGUUUUCUGGACACCAGUGGGUGGAUGUCAAUGGAACACAGAAGGACUAUAAUGUGGCAGUUAGGAUUACACCUCCAAAAUAUGCCCAGAUAUGCCACUGGAUACAUGGAGAUGGCAGUCAGUGUAAAUUGAUGUAAAUCCUGCCUAGUGAACACCAAAUUUGUAACAUUUAACUUCAUGUCAUCAAGUCCUCAGAAACUUGAUGCUUGGGGUCAAGUGAAUGUGACCUGACUGAUUAUGAUACUGCACAAACAAUGCAUCGGUCAUAGAAAUGUCCGCUGCGAGAUGAAGUUCGAUGCAGUAGUAUUUAUUUGUUUCAAAUGGUUACAUUUCAAGAUUGUUGGUCUUAAAUUUAAGAUUGUUGUUCACAUCACAUUCAGGCCAUGUGUACGUUCAAAACCCAAUAAUGUAUGUUUUCAAUUGUUUCCAAUGGAAGCGCCACAAUUUUCAAAAACGUCAGCAGCUGGCAGGUUUUGUCCGCGCUGAGCACCAACGCUCAAUAGUUUUUUUGCACUCAGCGCCGAGUUGAAAAAUGUCACUUCUCACUCAACCAUCCAAUCUCAGUGGAGGAGGGGUGGGACAAAUAUCACAACAACCAACCAGCGCAUCGUUCAAUGACUGAUAAACAAAGCAGGGGUGCGUUUCCCGAACAACAACGUAACUUGCUGCUGAACCAACAUAGUACGAUGCAUAGUUGGAGAAACGAACUACCUUGUCACGACUGUUUCCCGAAAGCAUAGUAACUUUGUCACACAUUCGUCAUUUGAACCAUGUUGGUUUAACAACAUAGUUGAUGAUGUCACGUGGGAGGUGAAGUACUAAUUAAUCUGUGCAAAUCGAUUUAAUUUCAGAUUAUUGCUGUAAAUAACAUAUAUUGCAUCGGAAGACUGAUUUAGUUAUCUGUUGUUUAUUUUCAAGAUAUUCAAUUAAUGCGCAAGUUCCCUCUUACGUCACUCCUCCCAGGGAUUCCCCAGGGUCUUAAAGCUCGUAUGACUGUGCACAUGCGCAGUUUUCAAAUGCAGCGCUUUAAUUCUGUUUACAAACUUAAAGACGUAAAAUAAAAUUUUAAUAUAUUUAGAAUGAUGGAUAUAGAAUGUACUACAUGUUUUUUGCUUAUUUUGUUUAAAAGCAUGAUCAACGUAAGUCUACAUAUUAUAAUAACAAGGAACGAUGCUUCUAACGACAGAAGAAGAGCUGUCAUUCAAACCACACAAGUUUGCGAUGCAGCUUGCGAAUGUUCAUUUGAACUAUGGUUUCGGGAAACACCAAAUCGUUGAACGAUGUUUUCGGGAAACGCACCUCAGAAGUAUCAUAGCAACCAAGCGCUUAGCUGAAAAAAGCUGGCAAGCGCCUAUACAGUCGCCGUCCGCCUGGUGUUUUCAGCUGCUUUGGUGUGCACGACCCCUAAUAAUAAAAAUAUUAUUACUAUUUUCUCACUUCUAUGUCAUUCCAACGCUUCUGUUUUCCAUAUAGGAAAAAUGGAUGGUGACUUACAAUGCCAACUUUUUAAAAGCACUACAACAUAUCCUACACAAUUUGACAGUUUAGGAUUCAGAAUUUUGACACACAUACUUAUAAAAAGUAUAAUUUGGUUGCAAUUUGUUCCAAAGUAUUUGCCAAAUGCAUUAUUGUCUUUUUAAUCAAAACACUUGAAGCAUAAAUGUGUUUCACAUCUUGCAAGUCAGUUUAAGUUUCACCCAUUCCAUUCCUGGCAAUUUUCUUUCUACAGCUGAAAACACAUAUAGAGAUAUUAAUAAAAAUGGCUUGUUUUUGUUAUGAUUCGCCUGGGUUCAUGUGAGAAGCAGUGUGACUUUGAUUCUCUUAUGAACAUACAAUGAAAGUGCAUUAAACCCAUCCCAGUGGGUACUGGUGAAAACACACACGGAGCAGUGGGCAGCUAUCACUGCAGUCCGCCUGGUGUUUUUGGGAUAAAGGUGCCAUGCACAUCAGUCACAACACCGGCCGUGAGAUUCAAACCGGCAACCUUCGGGUUAGUCCAACUCUCUAAUCACAACUGCACCCAUACAUACACGGAAGCUUAAAAAGCAUGAAAAAUAUUUUCUUAUACAAACUCAUGAAUUCCCAGCUGCGUUAAGACCUCCCUUUUAAGUGACUUAAGCUAAUUUCCAAUAAAAGAAUAAUCUCUCUGUCCCUGCUUCUUUUUUCAUUCAUAGAAGGGAGAAACUAGGACACAAGAAAAUGAAUGCUCCUCUCCACCACUACUUUGUAUUUUGUAGUACUAUAAGCUUGACAGAAUAAAUCACACUUAUUUACAUUGUAUAAAUGAUCAGCUCAGACAUUCUGUCUAUGAUCUAAUUUUGUGCUUUUACAGAAUAAAAACAACAAAUUAACGUGUAAAUCCUCAAUAAAUGUCAAUACUUAAUAAAUUCUUUGUUUUAUCUAUUAUAUAAAAUUUCUUUAAAGGUUUUUGGGAAGAGGACUAAAUUGUAUUGAAAUGUCUGUUCCUAUUAAAUUGCUUUUAAAUUUGUUUACUGAUUUACACAGUAAAGUUUUAUUGUUUUGCAUUUACUUACACAGUGAAAAUUUGUCUGUCAAAAUCAAUUACAUUAAAAUGAUAAAAAGUUAAUUAA